AUGCCGCUCUGUCUCACCUUCAUCGACUUAAAGAAGGCCUUGGACUCAGUUGAGACGGAAGCGGUCGUGGAAGCUUUGGACAACCAAGGCGUCCCUACUCAGUACAUAAAGGUACUUCGAGAGUUUUGCAGUAACUUUACGACCGGAAUUUCGCCAUUCCACAACAAGAUCGUCAUUGACAUGAAGAGGGGACUCCGACAGGGUGAUACAAUUUCACCCAAAAUAUUCACAGUUACCCUCGAGAACACAAUGCGAAAGUUGGAAUGGGACGACAUGGGAGUGAAGGUUGACGGUCAGCAGCUACACCAUUUGCGCUUUGCUGAUGACAUCGUACUGAUAACACCUAGCAUCAGCCAAGCGGAACGAAUGCUGACCGAAUUCGACGAAACAUGUGGAUGCAUCGGUCUUCAGCUGAAUCUACAAAAGACGAUGUUCAUGCGUAACGGAUGGGUCUCAAAUGCCCCAUUCACGCUCAACGGAACGAACAUAUCCGGAUACUCCAGCUAUGUAUAUCUAGGUCGGGAAAUGAUGAACGACCUGAUCCCCGAGCUGGGCAGGAGGAGACGAGCGGCUUGGGGAGCGUACAAGAGCAUCGAGGAUGUGGUGAAGAAGACCAGGAACACCCGGCUUCGUGCUUACCUCUUCAACACCACCGUACCUGCUUUGACCUAUGCUUCGGAAACCUGGGCAUUUCGCAAGCAGGAAGAAAACGCGGUGAGCGUCAUAGAACGCUCAAUCGAAAGAGUGGUGCAAAGAGUAUCCCGCUUGACACAACUGAGAGACGUGAUUUGA